UUAAAGCUCGUUUGAAUUCUUAAAAUUUAAUUUUUUUUUUGGAAAAAAAAGAGUGAAAGGCUACUGUACUCGUCAAGGUGACAGUAUUGCUAGACAUUGCAAGAUCUAAGGACUUUCUUAGAAUCAGUGUAAUUUAUUGACAAAAUGAAUGACGAAAUAAUCGACGAAAAAUAACCUUGUAGCUCGUAUAAGUGGUAAAAUUGUCUCUCGCAAUUUGAGAUAGCCAGGCAAUCGGUGUAUAGUUUCUGUUUUAUAUACUUAAAGGAAUGUCGAUUUUUGAUCCUUUACUUAAAGACCGUUCGUCCAUCUGUCCAUUGACGUUGCCAAACAAAUACAAACGUACAACACGUGACGAACGACGUUUGAGGUUAAAUUACUCAAAACGUUUCUGAUCGGUCAAGUUGAGACACGGGGAAGACGUUUUGUUAAUGCAAAUUUAGUAUUGUUGACGAUAUCACCGUUUUAUUUAGUGGUGUCGUGGAAAAAUUGCAUGUGAACAUAUUUAGUGAUUUGCCGUUGUCACACGUUCGCGAUUAUCGGGAGACAGCUACAGCUGAUUCACUGUCAAAUUAUAAUGUGGUUUUUAAUUAAAUUGGGAUAAAAGGACAAUUAGCUGGUUGGAACUUCAAUCAACGAUGCUGUUCGAAGGGAAAAGCAUUUCUGGAGUAUCGUGGAGAAUACUCUUCGUAUUAACAGCGGUUCAUAUCUUCGCUGGCUGAAGAGAGCGAAAACAAUAAAAGAAGAAUUAUUCAUCUUCAAGUGCCUCAGUAAAUAAAUAGACAUUACUACAAAACAACCCAGUGCGAUAUUAUUGUGAUAUUUAGUAAUACAUAUUUAGAUAGUUAAUUUUUUUUUUUAAAAUAAUGUGCCCGUUUUUCCAAAACGUUAUGGCUCUAGGAUCGAAAUUGUUUCCACUGUGUUAUGUUUUGCUAGCCUUCACGUCGUUAUGUUUAAGCGAAAAUCGUCCUCCUUGUAGCAGCCUUAUUUACUGCCACGGGCCAUUACUUCAUACUAUACAAAUGGCCAAAAUUUACGAAGAUUCAAAGACAUUCGUCGAUAUGAAAUUGAAACGUCCAGCUAACGAAACGUUAGAAAUAUUCGAACAGUUUAUGAUAAAACAUAACAACACCCCAACAAAUAAUGACGUAAAACAAUUCCUGAGCCAUAACUUCGAGCCUGCAGGUCAGGAAUUCGAAGAUUGGGUACCAAACGAUUGGGUCGAAUACCCAAAGUAUUUAGAUAAGAUUCAAGAUCCACUGUUACGUGAAUGGGGUGUAUCAUUGAAUCUCAUCUGGAAAGAAUUAGGAAGAAAGAUGAAAGAGGAAGUUAAGCAAAACCAAGAUUUGUACAGCAUUGUUUGGGUUCCUCAUCCUGUAAUCGUGCCUGGUGGACGGUUCAGGGAGUUCUAUUACUGGGAUUCUUACUGGAUAGUGCAAGGACUUCUUUUGUCCGAAAUGUACGAGACAGUAAGAGGAAAAUUGGAAAAUUUCUUGUAUAUUGUAGACACGUACGGUCAUAUACCGAACGGUGGACGAAUAUAUUACAUGGAAAGAUCUCAGCCGCCCUUGAUGAUUCCAAUGAUUAAAAAUUAUUUCGAUUUUACUAAUGAUAUUAAAUUUAUCGCUGACAACAUGCGUAUAAUGGAAAAGGAAUUAGACUAUUGGCUAACUAAACACACAAAAACGAUUUUACACGACGGCAAAAACUAUACGUUAGCUGUGUACGGUGAUUUUUCAAAGGGCCCGCGCCCCGAGUCCUAUUCGGAAGAUAUUGAUAGCGCAGCUAUUUUUAAAGAUCAAGAUAUGAAAGAAUUUCAUUAUUCUGAAUUAAAAGCUGGCGCCGAAUCGGGUUGGGACUUUUCUAGUCGGUGGUUCAUUACAAACGCUACAAACAAAGGAAACUUAACAAAUCUAAACACUAGGUCAAUCGUCCCAGUUGAUUUAAACGCAAUGAUAUAUUGGAACGCGGUUUUAUUAGCGGAAUUUCAUGAAAUUCUGGGUAACAAGGAUAAAGCUAGUAAUUACACUGACAUUGCCGAAGAAUGGUUAGAGGCUGUUACGGCAGUGCUUUGGCACGAAGAGGUCGGCUCUUGGUUGGAUUACGAUCUUAUAAAUUCCAUAAAAAGAGACUACUUUUACCCGACCAACAUUUCUCCUUUAUGGACAGGCUGUUACAAGAAGGAAGAGAAAGAAAAAAUAGUUCGACUUGUCCUGAAAUAUUUGCAGACAGUGAAUGUGAUGUACCCUGGCGGUAUACCAACUACAAAAGAGCAUACUGGCGAACAGUGGGAUUUCCCGAAUGCGUGGCCACCUCUACAACACAUUAUGAUAGUUGGAUUAAAUAGUACCGGCGAUGAAGCAGCACAACGUCUAGCUUUCGAAAUUGCCGAAAAAUGGACAAGAUCGAAUUAUAAAUCUUUCAAUGAAACAGCCACCAUGUACGAAAAGUAUGACGCAACGGUGUCAGGAGGUCAUGGAGGUGGUGGAGAAUACGAAGUGCAGUUUGGUUUCGGAUGGACUAAUGGCGUAAUCAUGGACCUGCUGGACAGGUAUGGCGAUGUUUUUAGAGUGGAAGAUGCCCCCCCAGAAGAGUAUCAAGCAAUCGUUCAAGGUGCUGCCAUCAAUGCACCUUCCACUUAUGGUCAAGUGGCUACCGCGUUAUUAGCUUUAAUUGUCUCAUUAACAGCAGGAUACAUUGGGUGAGGAAACAGCUUCUGUACAUCUAGUUUGACUUUUUAAAGUCGCAACAUGCGACUCGAAUGUGUGAUAAUAAAACUGUAAAGUAGCUGUGUUAACAUGCAAUUGUUUUACUCUUUUUUUAUAAGAACAUAUUUUAUUUUGAGUGGCAAAACGGCAAUAAUUUGUUGUACGGACCUGUCUCGGUUUAAUUUUGAAUAACUACGGUUACCGUAACGCUUUAUUUUAAUAUUGAAAGUAUUAUUUUAGUUCCUUAAACAACUAACUUGUAGUUCUUAAUGUAUGUAAUUUUUGUAUCGACUAACAAUGAGGUUGCAUCAAACUUAAUUUAUUUAACGCUUUUGUUUGUUUUUUUUUUUGCUUAAUGCGAAGAAAUUUACAUGGGGUUGCUUUAGUAACAUGCAACAUGAUAGCGGUUUCCGUAAGGAACCGGGGGACGAGAGAUGGAGUAAGAAUAGCUCCCUCCCGAAGGUGCGGAGACCGAAUAAAAAAAUAAGAAAAAAAUCAAUUGUUGAGGUUAAUCCAUAAAAUUUUCCUUUUUUCGAAACAUAAUUAGUAUAGGGGUGAAGAGGGGGGAGUUCCCCCCCAUAAGCUUACUUACAUAACACAUACGUAAUAAAACAGGGAGGGGCCAGCAUUUAUUCUCAUCCCUGCCAUAUCAUCAUGCCGCAGGGCAAUUAGUCAUGUAUUAAAAAUAGCAACAUUUUAUGGAAUAACGUUAAAAUUGAUUUUUCUCUUUUUCUAUUUUCGCACAACACCUACCCCAUCGGGGGAGGCUUUUCCUACUCCCCUCUCACGUCAAACUCCUCUGGUAUCCGCUAUCAUGCCGUAGAUUACGAAAUCCAACCCAUUUAUGUUUUAAUAGCAAGUUUUCAAAACAAUAGCAGUAUCGUUUAUGUUGUUAUAUGAACAUUUUUCAAUACGACACCUAAUGGUAUUAUAUUCUCGAUAUUUAUAAAACCGAGCAAAUAGUGAAAUAUUUCAGUGAAAAUGCCAAAGAAAAAUUUCUAACUAUUUUAAGAGUAAUGCUUUUUCUAUUAUCCUUACGAUUAGCAGAUUUUUAUUUGUUUAAUUAGUAAAUGUGUGUUCUUUAUGUAACAAAAAUCCUUUCAGCAAACAUCCGAUGAACUAAUGUUACCUUUGAUGUCUCCUUUUUAAUCAAAAACAUCGUUUUAUUUAUUAUUGUUACUAACUGUCGAUAUUUUAUAGUAUUAAUAAAACAUCUGUUUAGUAUGCAGGGUAUAUACGAAAAUCCGUGCUCAGAGUGGUGAUUUUCGAAUUAAAAUAACUGAACUAGAAUUUAAAUAUCGUAAGUUUGGAGUUUUUAAAAUUUUUUUCUCGGUGUAUAGCUAUUCCGAACAUCCUGUAUAACGAGUUGCGUUUGAUGCAUCCCUCUGGGAACGUGCGCAGCGCGUGCGUGGUAAAUGUUGGAUAUAGAGCUUUAUUAUAUAUAUAUUUAAUUUAUUCGAAUAUAUUUUUUAAAUCCAAGCCACUUUUGCUGGCAAAAUUUAGUGGCAAUAAAAACAAAGGUACCUGAAUAGUGCGUUGCAUGCGUUUAUUUUACAACCUUUUUGUCAUUAGAUAUACGUUGAGAUUAAAGAAAUAAAAGAUAAUACCUAAUAACAUAAGAUAAGUCCUGAAUCCUAAUCCUCAAACAAAUACUACGACAUAUACGAUAUAUAAUAUAUUCAUACAUAUUACAACAUGUGUAUUAAUUAAUUUAGCUCAAACUCACACACAUACAUAAAUAUAAUAGCUUCUCCGUAUAAAAAACUGACUUACUGCUUUCACAAUCGUCAAAAAAUUACUUCCGCAAAAUAAUACAAAAUGCUUUGUUAUAUGGUCUGUUUGUAAAACGGAAUGUACAGUAUUGGACGACAAAAGUAUACUAUAAAUACUGAAACGAAAGCUAUACAAAUAAAAUGUACACGUAACUAGUAAAAUUUUGAGAUUUUAUGUUUCAAAAUAUAAUAUUCCUAGUAUCGGCUUCAGUUUUUGAUUUAUUUACCAUAGUAAUGCCAUAUACCGUCCCCGUAUACGAAUUUUACCGGUGGCCUACUUUUUUUUUAAAUUCUUACCAAUUAUUUCCGGUUUUUGAUCACUUUCGAUUUCAAUUAUUGUGGUUGUUUAUUAAUUCUCUAAUAUUUACUGUCUAGUACCAAAUCGCGGAAUGUAUGUGACGGUGAAAAUGUACCUUUCUCUCGUUCUAAUGACAAGUAGAAAGUUUGGAAGACAUUCAACUUGUAUUGUUUCAAAUAACCGAAACAUUUGUUUGUUAUGCAGUUUUUAAUCAUCCAUUGGCAGUGGUUUCUAAAGAAUUAACACUGAAAUAAAUCUCCGACUUCGUUAAAAUUUUAGUAUGUUGUGCAGUUACUUAUAUUUACAUAGUAUUCGAGCUUCAAAAAAAAAGGCAGUAGAAAAACAAACCAACCCCGGUCUGUAUAACUUCGUUCGUGCUGUCUUUUCCUACCAUAACCUUGGUAUAUAAAACAAUCAAAUAAAAUCAUUCAAGUUUGAUUAGGGCAGGAGUAUAAGAUUGCAGUAGGAAAAGACAACAUGAGCGAAGUGAGUCUUUACACAAUUGUAGGAGUACAGUUUUUUUUAUCAAAUUAAACUAGAUUGGUUUAAGUUUCUCUUCUGGGGCUUCUUUUUUUCGAAGCCCGAAAACUAUGUGAAAAACUGAUCUAAACUAAAACUAUUUACAUCUAAUCUUGUAAAGUAAACUGCAACGUAUUAAAAUUUCAACGAAAUGAGAAAUGAGUCCAUUUAUCGGGGACCUUUACCUCGGCAUUUAUUACGAGACAUCACAAUAUAAUAUGUAUUUCGAAUAGAUGAACAAAUAAGUUAUUAUUUUCAACUACCCAUUGAUUGUAGCCACCAUUUCACAUUAUUGUAUUAAUUUAAAUCAUGUUUAUCGAAAAGAGGAAAUUCGAAGAAAAAAAACGGAAUACAAAAUUGGUUUUUAAUCUGUGGGGUACCCUAAAUUUUUUUUUAUAUAGAAUACUGUAGAUCUACAAUAUGAGUAACUUGACCCGACUAGAACACGGAUAGAUCAAUAAGAUAACUUCGUUAACACUACUGAUACAUAUAUAUGUGUAUAAUUGACGCAAUUACGUAAUGAUAUAAUUAGUGUGUAUGCAUUUUAAGCAACCCAAGUUAUACUAAAUGAAAAGCCACCUUGUGACCUUGGCUAACACAAUAGACACAUAACAAUCGUACUCCGAACCCUUCAUGGUUGAACUGACGUGAAUGGCAGUAAAAAUAAGUCAUACACAUACCUUUGUACUUACGUAUUAUUAAUUGUACAGUACUCGCAAACAUUGUCUAUUUUUCGGCGGUUAAUACCUUUGUUUAGUUAAACUACAUCUACUACGAACAAAUACGGUCAUUUUUUACAAAUUCAAUUGAAAUAAAAAUUUAAUGGUUACCACAUGUCAAAAUGUAUGCAACCAACUGUGUAGACGUUUAGACCCAUCCACUUUUUUCCAAUUGUUUAUUUCCAACUGGAAUGUGUCAAAAUUAAUGAUUAAACAAUAACUUCCGGAGUAUCUAAAGUAGGCUGGCUAAGCAACGUUCUCAUUUUUUAUUUAAACAUUUUAUAAGUCGUCAGUUAACUCCAGAAUGUUGUACUGUCUGCUAUCUUCCUACAUUUUUUAUUGCUUUUUUAACAAUCAUUAAUCGAAAACUGGAAUUUUUAACCGUUUUGUCCACGAUUAACUGAGCGAUAUACAUAAAAUUAUUUUAAUAUAGGUAGUAUAGAUUAUUUCUAUAAUGCGUACUACCUGGUAGAUAAGAACCACUAGCAUUUUACAUUUAUUGUACACAAACAGUACAUACGAAAAGUGCGAAGAAUUUAAUAUGUAAUGUCUUAACGAAUGAACAAUUAGGGAACCUACGCAGCUAUUAACAAAUUAAACUCGAUCUAAUUAGAUUUACCGUGCUAUUAUACCGUUAUGAAUGUACUUCUAUUGGUUCGUAGGAGUUACUUUUAAUUGGACGACCAAUCGGAAAGGUAUGUUGCCGGUAAUUUGUUAUGUGUUUCACGAAAAGAAAAAUGUAAAAACGGACAAACGUAACCUCACCUCUGAUACUUAUUCCGUUUUAGAAGGUCUUUACAACUUAUUAUUUGCCAGACAGCCCGUCAAGGGCAGAUUAAAACUGUUUUAGAAGAUUUUUCGUCGUUGCCAAAUGCCACUCGCCAAACUAACAGGUUAACAGCCACAGCAACCAAGCACCUACAAUUUUUAUUAAACUAAUUGUAUACGGUACAGUAAUUUCGCAAAAAACGACUCAUUUAAUAAUUUUGAACUGACCGAAUUAAAUUUCCUAUUUUACCAUCAGAACAUACGCUUCUGUAAGCUACUGUACUUUUUGAGAAAAUAUCUACUGUAUAGGUAACAGGUUGAAACGUAGAAUUUAGUUGCGUAAUUUUUUAUUAUUAUUAAAAGAAACUCAUAUCAAAGCUUAAAUUUCAUGCAUGUAUCUUUUUUUACAUAAAUUUAAUGUUUCUAGUUUAAAGGGCCUUUUUUGUUUGUUUUAUGAGACAAAAGUAUAUAUUUAUGUGGUAAUUUUGGUCUGAUUGUGGUAAACAAUAAUUGCUUUACAGCAAUAUAUUAUAUUGGUUAAAAGGUGUAUGGUAUUAUAAGCGUAAAGAAAAAAAUUCGAUUGUUUACUGUAUUUUACGUAUUUAUACGAGAACAUUAGUCAAAUUCAUUCUCAAUCGCGUUGUAAAAUGUAUUACGUCAUUUUUAAAUUAGAAAGGAAACUCAAAAAUUGGUUUGGGGUUAGUUAUUACCUAUAAUUAUGUUAAUUGCGUUUCAUUUUCAUGCCACGUUUUACCAGUUUAUCACACUUUUGUAGAAGUUUUGUUUAGUUUUGCAAUUUUAUUAUUAUAAUGGUUUAAUGCGGCAUCUUCUAUUAUUAUUUCAAUCAAAAAAUAUGAUUACUCAUAAUUCACUGUCUUUUGCCAACGUGUGUAUUAAAGUUGUACCCAAUUUGCAGAAUUACCUACACGUGUUGACAUUGGUGAUUUCAUUUUCAUUAAUUGUUACCAAUUGCACGUUAUUUAUGCGACCCCAUUCAUUGCUAAAACUUUUGAGAUACUUCACAAAAAGCCGAUUUAAAGAAAGCAUCAAAUAUAAAUAUUUUCCUAAUAAAGGAAAGUUAAAAGGAUAUUUCUGUAUUAUUAGUUGUAUCGAUGGUCCGAUUUUUAUGAAACAAUAUGAAAAUACGAAAAAAAUAUCACUUUUAUGUAUUUCAAAAUGAAAAUUCAUUUAUUUAAACUGUACCAUUAUUUGAACAGGAUUAUGGCUGCUUUAUUUUGAACAUAAUUGAACCACAAUUAUAUUUUAAACAACAACUCUAAAAUUUUGUUGGUUGAAGAAAAUAAAUAGCAACUAACAUAAAACGAGUUGUCAUUGAAGCAGCUGAACGGAAUUUUAGAAAUGUUUAAUUUGUUUUUCCUUCCAUAUCAAAUGCAUGGAUUUAGUAAGGAUCAAAGAUAAUGCAAAUUGUUUGUUAGCACUUAUAAUGCGAUGCUGUUAAACUGUUAAAUAAGUCUAAAUAGCUGUACAAAUACUUGUUUAUUACUUUAAAAUAAAAAGCAAAUAUAGCAGUAUGCAACAUAUGGAUUUUAAAGCUGCCAAACUAACGCGAGUAUGAAAAAAAAUACUUAAUUAUAUGUUUGAUAUAAUUAUGGACUUAUAACAGUGAUUUUUUUUUCUUUUUGUAACUAUUGAAUACUUUUAUUUUACGCGGGCUGAAACAAAGUAGGGACCUAUAUAUUUAAAUUUUAUAUCUGCAGAUGCUAUUGUGAUAAGAAUCCUUUAGAACUAAUCAUCGAAAGUUACUAUUUAAUGAAGAGUGAAUUUCAGCUUAAAAUUACCACAUAAGUUAUUGUAUAAAAUAUCAAAAAAAGGCAUUAUAGUUAUACAUUAUGUAUAUGACACCCUAGUAACCCUUUAUAUUAACCGAUGAUUUUAAAUUUCUUUUAUUUUAUUAUUGAUGCGAUGCUUUAUACCUAUACAGAGUAACUUGAUAAUAAUGACAAUUCCCCAUAAAAUAUUU